AUGGCAUCAAAAUCCACAAAAGUAGUCAAGAUCGACGACGUCUGGCAAGUCGAAGGGCGUCCACGCGAAGGUCUCAAAAUCCUCUCCACCUUGCAACCCUCCAAUCUUCCUGGCAAGAUCAUGAUUGUUGCUGAAGUCAAUUUUCCACCUAACGGCGCCACCCCAGCCCACCGCCAUGGUGGGGCUGCUGUAGUAGCGGUUGCACUCGAGGGUACGACCGUGAAUCAAAUGAAUUGCGAGGAGCCGAUAACUUGCCCUCCGGGAAGUUUUUGGUACGAGGCUCCAGGAUGCCAUCAUGUGUGGAGUGAGAACAUGAGUAAGGAUGAUGGGGCGAGGUUUUUGGCCAUUUUAAUUGUGGAUGAGGAGGUUGUACAAGAUGGAAUGGAGGGUAUUCUGGUUCUGGAUGCGGAGGUGGAGGCGAGGGAGAAGGGAGAGUAA